AUGAACAGAAGCCUGGUAGUCGUCACGUACUUUGCCCACCGGGCAGACGCCACCCCUGCCCGGCCGCCCGCGGCACGGUGGCUCGAACCAGUCGUCCACCACGACGCACUGGGUCGCCCUCGAGCUGCUCCUCCUCCACGAACACCUGCAAGCGCGCACAGCCGCCACAGGCCCUUGAAGGACCACCCGCAGGUGCUCGCGCGCGCGUCCACCGGCAUCUCCCGGGCGGGGACCUGCCGCUCUGCUGACCCGCCCCGGCACGGCUCGUCGCCGCACGGCGCCGUCCGCCACCACUUCAGCAUGUGGUCGGUCUCGGCAGGGGUGGGGACGGGCGGCCAGGGCGGUAUCGUCGCGGCGGCGGGAUGGGGGCAGCCGAGUACGCGCUCCCGCACGCGGCAGCACGUGUCAUCUGCACAGGGGCUCAGCGUCACGGUCGCCCGGGGCACGUCUCUGGGUUGCAGUGGAUGGGCUGGUCGGUGCCUGGGUGCGUGGCCAUGA